GCAGGAGCCAAUGCAGAGGGAGGAGAUGUCUGUGGGCUCUGGCACCGGAAAUCCCCGUGGGUUACAGCUGCAGCUAUGCUAACCCCCCUGGCACAGCCAGAGCUGCUUCUUCAGUAAGACAAGAAGGGGGGGGGGUCUCCACCAGGGCUGAGGAAAUGAAGCAGUAAAACUGGUGCCACCAGGAUCGGGGCAGGAGACAUUGCCUGGAUCCAGUCUGGAGCGGCUGCAACCAGCGUGGGCAUCUGCCCUGAAUCUAGAGUGACUCUAGUCUGCUAUCAAGGUUCUUUCACCGUAGGAAAAAAUCGUGUUUCCCACCCAUGGGCUCCUCCAGCUGUAACUGCAGUAACUUUUCAGGUCUGGGGCAGGUGCAAGGCACUGGUGCCAUGUGGGGGCUUGUCGGGGCACUGGUCCUGUCGCACCUGGUGUCCCUGUUGUGGAACAUCCUCUGCUGUGUGAGGCACAUGGCACACAGAGAUGAGUCCAGGAGGCUCUUACCUCAGUUCAGCAGAAGUGUGAAGCAUGUGACUGAGGAGAUUCCAGUCUAUGGCAACAUCAGUUACCUGCAGACAGGGCAAAGUUCUGGGUUUGAAAGCUCAGCAGUGUCAGAGUCCCAGGAGGAGCAGGAAUCCAGCCCCAAGAAGCCUACGUGCUACGCCAACCUCAAGAUGCUGAAACCCCAAGGCCGGCAGCUGCCAGAGUCAUCAGUGGGGGGUGCUGAGAUCCAGUACACAGAUGUGGUGAUGGGGCCCAGGUGGUCAGAGCCAGAGAUUUGGGGCGGGGGGCCCCUGAAGGGCAGAGAGGCUACUCGGCCGCAGUCAGAGCUUUAUGCGUCUGUGCAUUCAGACAGAUACACAGCCAAGUUUGAGAACCAAGACUACGCUAACAACCAUGCAGUUCCCAGCUGAAGGGUGGGGGGCUAACAGGGUUCUGUGUGCAUGAUUUAUAGCAAUAAAUACAAGCUUCACUAAUG